AUGGCGGACAACGAAGUUACUGGAGCGGAAACCUCAAGAAAACCAUUUGAUUACAGUAAAAGACCUGUUCAUGUAGCGUCUUUAAAUAGAAAAUUGCCAUGUCCUCAUCAUUUUUGUUCAAAAAAUGUGUUUUUUUUCGAAGUGGGUGGACUAGACCACCAUAUGCGAGCUAUACAUAAGACGAAAGUUAGAGAUGAUGAUAUGAAGGCUGCAAGAAGGCUGUUAAAUGAAUUACAUGGUGAAGAAACACGUAGAUGCCUCGAAGAAUUCGUCCUCUUACGAUCUACGCAGGUAUAAUUGCGUAUGAAUAUUUUAUCAUUUAUGUAUUAAAUGCUAUUUUGAAUUGCAAAUUUUUGUUUUGUGCUCUUGUGAGUUAAUUAAUUAUGGAUGUUGUACAUUUUAAAAAUUAUGAUAUUCGCUCUUUUAUAUAAUAGAGUGAGUCUUUCAAAAAGUUCCACGUAGAAACAAACGGCAUUAGCAUGGAAGCUUUUGCGAAUACCGCGACAGAAGCAGCUAAGUUUAUCGGCGUAUUAUUGUGGCAUUCAGGGAAACUCGGAGCAUUCGGUUCUGGUACAGAAUCUGUUGUGAUUGCUGUAAAGAACGAAGAGCUACAUGUACAGUUUCUUGCUUGGUACUGCAUACGCGACGGAAAAUACGAGAUAAAACUGCAAACGAAAUAUGUCAGAAGGGUAAGUACUGCUAUAUUCAUUGUAAAAAUUUUGAAAUCCACAGAAUGGAAAUUGUAUAGGCCUUUAUUGGAAAUAAAAUCGAUUUUGGAUUACCCAUAAUACAGUAAUUGUAUAUUUCCAUACUAUGGAUGCAUAUCUAAAUACUGUGGAUAUACUAUGGAUUUAUUGAAGCAAAAUUGCAAAUCUCAUUGUAUGGAUUUCACAUCCCCCCCCCCCCACACCCAGUGAUUAGUGCAUAAAUGAAUGUCAAAUAGAUUUUAUUCUGUGAUAACUGAUUUGUUAUGUGAUCUAUUUACCUCACUUGUGGACCAGUUCUUUUCCUGGCCUGUUAUUUUUUCUAGGCAUAUCAUCUGAAACCAAUACUUGUUGCAAUGUAAACAAGUCACAAAUACACUGGCCUAGUCAAGUCUCCAAAUUGCCUAUUAUGCAUUUAGGCUAACAGAGAUUGUGAUGUUUGAGGGCAAAUGAAGCCGCUUACCUUAAAACAAUGAGUUAUCCACAUUCCAUAACAAUAUUUUCACAAGCAUACAAAGUGUGACAAUUUUCAAACCUCUACUUUGAGAAUCAAAGUACUCUCAGGGCCCAAUUACAUGGAGCAUUUUUAACCCCGGGGUUGAACUCAGCCCUGUUUAGUGGGUUGAAAUUUCAGCACUGUAUGUAAUAUAAAACUCAAUCAAAUCAAACGUCCGAUUAUGUUACAAAAUUUUCAACCCAGGGCCAAUUUCAAGUUUUCAACCCCAGGGUUGAAAUUUAAACCCUGCUUCAGCUAUUGUAGCAAUCAUGCCGGGGGUUGAAUACAAGACCUGGGUUAAAAAUGUUUGUCAUGUUAUCAUUUAAACCCAGGGCUGAAAUUAUCACGAGUUUUUUGAGCAUGCAUGGUAGUGACUAUUUAUUACAAGAAUUCAAAACAUAAUGAAGGGAAUGUAAGUAUAGCAUUUCAACCUAUCUGGUUGAAAUUGUCCAUGUAAAAAAAAUUCUACUCGGUUACCAGGGCUGAGUUCAACCCCUGGGGUUGAAAGUUCCCCAUGUAUAAUCAGCCUUUUGAGAUUUUAACUAUAGGUUGGAUUGAUAAUAAUGGGUCAGUUCAAAGUUAAUUAAAUUAUUUAAAAAGCAUACACUAGUGCCGCCGCCAUCCCCCCGCUCUCCUCUCACAACAUCUGUUUUCAUAUGCAUGUCCUAUCAGCCCAUGUUUAUGUUCUAAAAUGUUAGAUGAAAAUUAUAUACUUUCUUAAAGUUAUAUACAGUAUAUAUAUUUAUAAUAUAGCAUUUGUAAAUUCUGAACGCUGAUUGGCUAAGAGCCGUGUUGAUAUAACUCAAUGUCAACACGGGAAAUUUUCCGCCGCUUGUAAACACGGAAAUUUUUCUUAUCCUUCGGGCUUUUGACAUCGCUAUAUUAUAAAAAAAAUAUAAAACAUUUUUUCCGUAUUGAUAUAUAGUUAUAUCAACACUCGUGGAAGUUGGGAAAACUCGAUUGUGUGGAAACACUCCGCCCUUCGUGUUUCCAUACAAUUUCUUGUUUUCCCAAUUCCACUCGUGUUGAUAUAACUGUAUAUCAACACGGAAAAUGUUUUAUAUUUGUUAAAUAUAAGCGCAACACACAACAAAAAUACAUGCACAUCUAUUAUAAAAGUUGUGAAUAUGACAUUUUUAUACCGUAUUUACAUUUUCAGAAAUGUUCAACCACACAGAAAUAUGCAGUAACAUGAAUAAUUUUAAAUUUCAGGAAUUCUUAUCCAUAGAAAGUAUAACACCACUUCAAACUGUAGUAACCCCCACUCAGGAAAUACAGGCAGUGUUGACAGGUGAUAAUGUGACUGAUGUAUUGCAACAGGUGUUUGGUUACAGUUCUUUUCAGCCAGGUCAAGAGGAAACAAUAAGAACUAUUUUGGAUGGUUCUGAUACUUUUGUGGUUAUGCCUACAAGUGGUGGUAAAACUUUAUGCUAUGCAAUACCAGCAAUUAUAUCCAAAGGACUCACAAUAGUAGUGACACCUUUGCUGGCACUAAUGGAUGACCAAGUUAGAAGAUUAAGAGCAAAAAAGAUUAAUGUUUGUUACAUAAAUUCAAGAAUGACGGAACAAGAAAAAGAUGUUGUGUGGAAUUGUCUCUCACAACAAGAAUGCCCAUACGACAUAUUACUCAUCACUCCUGAAGCAUUGGUAAGCCCCGAAUUUCAAGCUGUUGUCAUGAAAAUGUCAAGAACAAGAAAUUUGGCAAGAAUUAUUGUAGAUGAGGCACACUGUGUAGACACAUGGGGAAAUGAUUUUAGGCAAAGUUACUCACAGUUAUCAAUGUUUAAGGAUCACAGCAUUCAGAUGGUUGCAUUUACCGGUACAGCUACUGAAAUUACAGUGCAGCGCAUUAUUGAAAGUCUCCAACUUGACAGUCCACACACAGUGCGAGUAUCACUAGAAAGACCAAAUUUGUCUUUUACAGUAGCAGAAAAGAGAGAAAGUAAAUCAAUGGAAAACAUUACAGACAAAAUUGUUAAAGAAUAUUCAGGAAAGUGUGGAAUAGUUUAUUGUUUUUCGACACGAGACACUUUGGAUAUGGCUUAUAAUCUUAAACAACGAGGAAUUAAGGCUGUUUACUAUCAUGGACAACUAGACUUGUUUGAGAAGGACAGCAAUGCAACUAUGUGGUUAGAAAGUAGAGCUGAUGUCAUAUGUGCAACAAAUGCAUUUGGUAUGGGCAUUGAUAAGAAAGAUGUCAGAUUUGUAAUUCACCAUUCUAUGCCCAAAUCAAUGGAGGAAUACUUCCAGGAAGCUGGAAGGGCUGGAAGAGAUGGCGCUCCAGCACACUGCACCUU